AUGGCCAGCGCCGAGCAGGCGUACCUGGAGCUCGCCGACGCCCUCGCCCGGUGCGCGGCCGGCCCGGGGGGCCUCGGGGAGGUGCGCGGGCUGCUGCACCUGCUCCGCCGCUGCACGGACGCCGGCUACCCGAACGUCCCGCCCCCGGAGCGCCUCGGGCACGAGUUCGCGCGCGACGCCCUGUCCGUGCUCGCCGGGCUCCGGGAGGCGCCGGCCCCGCCCCCGUCCCCGGACGCCCCGCAGCAGCGCCCGAUGCCGCCCUCCCCCGGGGCCCGCUGGCAGGCGCUCUUCCCGGCCGGGACCGCCCUGGGCCUCUCGCCCUUCGAGGCCGACGCGCUCAUCCGCCGCCGCCGGGCCCAGGUCUGCGAGCUCGACGCCGAGGUCGCCCUGCUCUCGCGCCGCGUCGCCCGCCUCCGGGGCCUCCCCGUCCGCAUGCACUGA